UUUAUUCCUAGAUCCUCGGUACUUAUAAUACGACCUUAUUGUGUAGCAAGUGCCCUAAAUACUCUUACUAAAACUCUUUUUCUUCCUUCUCCAGGUUGCAACGCUGAGACGAUGAGGCGCUGGGGUAACGAGGGGAGGUCACUCAUGCAACUCCUUCACUUCUGCUUCUCCAUCGGGGCAUUAUCAGCUCCCCUUUUCACAGCACCGUUUCUCGCCAAAAAGCUCAACCAAUCAGAGACCAACUUCAAUGCGCAGAACAAAGCGAGCACUCCUGGGCCAACUCAUGACCUCGUGUCUCAGACAGUUUUACCCCCAACGUCUUCAGAAUUGUUGCUCAACUUCUCUCGAGAAACUGUCCCAGAAGUCAACGUGUCUGAACAUUCUGCACUUACGAUAAGUUCAGGGUUCACCGAGCAGAAACAAACUACGGAAGUUCUUUACGCGUUCAUCAUCUCUGCCUCUGUGUGCCUAGUGGCGUCCGUGCCAUUCUUGGUCAUGUUCAUUCUCUCCAAACUCACGAGCUCACGGAAAGAAGAGACCACAUCCGUUGAGGUGAGCAGGGAGGGUCGUGACUUGCCGGUGGGCCUCAAGGUUUUGGUCAUGGGUUGGCUGUGCGUGUACUAUUCUCUCUACGCCGCCGUCGAUGACUCGUUCAUCUCCUACCUCAUGACGUUUUUGGUGAGGGAGUACGCAGACAUGUCCAAAACCCGAGCCACGUAUAUCACAUCCAUAUACUGGGCCUCUUUUGCUUGUUCAAGGUUCAUGAUGAUGUUCAUGUCCAACUUUGUAACGCCUCUACGACUUCUAAGUAUGUGUUUGUCUAUUAUGUUUGUUGCUCUUCUGUCGUUUUCGGCAGGGGCGUGGUUUGGAGAGAUGACUGUCCUUAUCGUCUUCUCGGUAGUCUUCGCCGUAGGAGUCUCAGCAGUUCACCCUGCAGGUUACUCUAUGUGCGAGGCGGAGUUAUUUCCCGUUACGGUUAAGGUGGCUACGUGCAUUUCAGUAUCAGCGGGCGUAGGUUCGAUGGUAAAUCCUGUCGUGAUCAGCUAUUUAAUGGAACAGGUUUCCAACAUGUGGUUUUGUUACACGCUCGUCCUCCAAAUCUCUGCUCUGUGUAUCGUCUUCGCUACUCUGAUGUGCUUUGUGAAAUGUUUCAUAAACAGGAGAUACGGCCCUCUAAAAGAUGAUCAACAGCCCUGAGUGAUUAAAGAAUUGCAACUAAGUAGUACACGUAAGGCGAAAAUGAAGGGAGAACUUUACAAAUUGUCACAAUUAACUGUGUCAAAAGUGAAAAACUCCAUUACAAAGCGCUUUAUGCACCAAAGGAGAAAUAAGAUUUUUAAAAAACAACAACUGACAAAUAAAAGUAACAAAUUCAAAUAUACGAAAAGCAACAAGCAAGCAAGAACCUGUCCUGGACUUGACCUUUGAGCACAGAUCGGCAAAGAGCAAUAAUUUAUUUUUCGUGCUGUGUGUCGUGUGUGUAAGAAUACACACUCGCACAUUUACAUGCAAUGUAACCCCGCCUCCUUGCGGUGAUACAUAUAUUAUGAAUUGUGUCAUAGAACUCAACAUAUAUACGUGCCAACACUGUCUCUAUAAUUUUUUUUGCGCUAUAAUUUUUCUUCACAACUGUCCAGACAUGUUUCUUUCGCUGGCGUUUUUUUCUUCUGGUAGAUCAGUUUUUGUAACUAACUUUUUGUUAGUGUAUAAUAUUUUGAUUCAUUUGAUACACUUUUUGGAAAGAUGUAAGUGGUAUUAAAAACUGAGCUGGUCAAUGCAUUUAGAUGUUUGCUUUAUUUCGUUUUGUGUUAUUCAACAAAUAAACAUGGACUUGUGAAUGCAUCUGGAAAGUCCCACUUGUUUUCUUUUCCUUUAUUAAUUAUGUUUGCCUGUCCUUCUUUCUUU